AUGAAUUAUCGUAUCACUCAAGCAUUUAAGCCACCCUUUCGUAUUAGUACUUUGAUUGAAGAAACAGGACCACUCAAGGCUGAAGUGACCAUUGAAGUGCGAGCGGAAUUCAACUCAAACAUCAAUGCCAACACUGUUCUUGUACAAAUGCCACUUCCUGCAUUUACAGCUCGUGUCAACUUUGAGUUAGAACCUGGAGCGGUUGGACACACAACUGAUUUCAAGGAAGCAAAUAAAAGACUGGAACGGGGAAUAAAAAAGGUUGUUGAUGGAUCCGAACAUACUUUACGAGCAAAGCUGACGUUUUCGCAGGAAUUACAUGGAAAUAUCGUGAAAGAAGUCGGGCCUCUUGGCAUGACAUUCACUAUACCUAUGUACAACUCUUCAAGGCUUCAGGUGAAAUACUUGCAAAUAGCGAAGAAGUCGAGGUGGAAUUGCUAA